AGAGAAUCUAGAAAUGCCCAUUUCCUCAAAAACCCAGAAAUAUAAAAUUAAUUACUCCUUAUUUAUAUAAAUAGGAAAAGAAAUGAGAGAGAGAAGUGAAGAAAAAGCAGAGAAUAAAAAGAGACCGGAUGUUGACAAAUUUCAUGUCACUGUUGUUAGAAGGUCGUUUGUUUUUGUGAUUUCUUAUCUGGGAUCUCUCUCUUUCUCUCUCUAGCCAACAAAAUUAAAAAAAAAAACCUCUUUUUUGGUUAAACAAGAGAGGGAAAGAGACCAGAGAGAGUGGCCCAGUAGAUCGAAGAUGACGAUCUAAGCUGCUUAAUGGUGCUGCGAAACACCCACUUCGCUCUUUCUUCUGUUAUUGUUUUUUUUUUUUACUUUUUUUUUGUCAGCUUAAUUUUUUUGUUCGUAGUGGGGGUUUUUCUGGCGUCCGAAUUUUCCAUCAUGUGGAGAUUUUGCUGUUGAGGAUUUAUUGAAUCCGUUGUGGGAAUCGUCGAGGAGAGGUGAAAAGAGGAUGUGGGUCUGAGGCAUGGGAACAAAAGUGCAGUGCAAAAGUUACUUGCCAGGAUACCACUCAAUGAGGGAUCUUAAUGAAGAUUCUAACAGUUGUAGUUGGCCACUAUAUUAUGGAGAUAAAACCUUUGCAAAUGGACAGUAUUAUAAUGGCUUUUUGCCCAGGGCCAUGCCAGAUGUAUAUUCAGGAUAUGAUAAGGAUGUAGUGAAACGGACAAUGCUCGAGCACGAAGCCAUAUUUCAGAAUCAGGUCUCUGAGCUUCAUCGUUUAUACGGAAUUCAAAGGCAGUUGAUGGAUGAAGUAAAAAGAAAAGAGCUACAUAAGAAUCGGAUGCCUAUUGAGGCGUCAUUAUCAUCAAGCGCCUUGGCAUCACAAAUUACAUCUGAGGAUGCUCGUAGAUGGCAUAUCACGAGCUUCCCUCUGGCAAAUUCUCUUUGUGCUCGGCCAUCAGUUGCAUUUGAAGACAGCCAUUCUCCUAUUAGUUCUGUAAAAGGAAGCAGCAGCCAAGCUGCUCCCUUUCCAUCUCAAAAUGGUGUUAGUCGAAAGGAUAUUGAAAUACUGGAGUCCAGACCCUCAAAAGUCAGGAGAAGAAUGAUUGAUCUUCAACUUCCAGCUGAUGAGUACAUUGACACAGAUGAAAUGGAACAGUUCAGAGAUGAUACAGUAUCUGGCACAUCGAAUUAUCUUCCUAAUGGAAAUCUAAACAUUGCACCUCAGAGUAGUGAGAAGCUGUUACUUGACGAUGGUGAGAAAGGCACUCAUCAGGGAGAUGCUAUGAGAUCUGGUUCAAGGAGCAGGAAUGGUUUGGCUGACUUGAAUGAGCCUAUUCAGGUUGAAGAAACAAAUGCUUCUGCAUAUGCCUAUCCUCUCCGGAGUUCCUCUUCUCAUGAGGAGAUUCAAGGCCAUGAACCAUCUUCAAGAUCAAAGAAUCAGGUUCUAGAUUUACCAGAGGAAAUAUUGCCAAAUUACAAUCGUGGAAGCAACAAUGGGGGCAUGAACAAGAUGCAUUUGGAUAAUGGAACUGGAAGAGGCUGGUUCUCUCAUGUCCUUGCAGCAGGACAUGAUAAAAGCAGCCAGAAGUCUGUUUCUCAAGGUCUUCAACUGGACAAGUUGCCUAUGUCUUCCCAGCCUGUGCAGAUUCUGUUCAACAAUGCACGUGAGCCUCCGGCUUUCCCUGUUACUGAUCAAAGCAAGGGAGAGUUAUGGAAGGAGAGAGCAUAUCGUGGUUUAGAAACUACAGCAAGGAACCGCGAAAACUCUCAUAAUUUCCAUGUGGAAUCAGGUGGGUCUUCUAGUAUGCCUAAUAUGUAUCCAAUUAGUCCUCCUGACUUGCCCAGUGCAUUGCCUUGGCUAAGAGCUAGGCCAUUUUGUAAAAAUGAGACCACAGGUUUGCAGAGAGAUUUAAAUACCGAACAUUCUACUUUCUCAAAUUCCUCUCUGAAUCAGUUGGCUCAUAAAAAUGAUACUGGAAAGGGUCUGAAUCAUAUAUCUUCUCAGAAUGUGAAGUCAGUUUCAUGUUCCAGUAAUGUUGGGCCUAGCAGAAUUGAAAUAAGUGACUGCCUGACUGAUAGAAAAAUUCUUGGGUUCCCCAUUUUCGAAAAGCCUAACAUGUCUAAGAAUGAACCUUCUUCUGUUACCUCCCUGGCUGCCUCCCAGACUGGGUCAAUUCCUAAUCCAUUCGAAGGAAAAGAAAACAAGGGGAAAAUUAGAGUACUUGAUAUUAACCUGCCUUGUGAUCCUGCAGUUCCUGACAUAGGCCAAGAUAGAGCGGAAGAAGUUCUGAUAAUAGAGAAGGGAACAGAUAAAAAAAUUACUAGUUCCAGACAUGAUAUUGAUUUGAAUUUGUGUGUGAAUGAGGAUGGAGCUUCUUCUUUCAUGUCCCCCAGUCCAAGGACCACUGGGAAGAUAGUUUCUGGGUUUGAUUUGGAAGCACCUGCAGUUCCUGAUACUCUGGAAGAUAUUUGUGGAAACAAACAGCCAGAUGCAACGUGUGAAGAACCCCUUAAAUCACUACAGCAUGAUGAUAGGAACUUACUGAAUGAACUUAUGAGGAUAGCAGGAGAGGCAAUAGUUGCUAUCUCGUCUGGUCACAAUGGUGAUGAUGUUGCUUGUGUUCCAUCUGAAGCAUGUGCGGUAGACCCACUUAGCUGGUUUGCAGAAAUAAUUGACUCAUGUGGGGAUGGUAUUGAGAGAAAACUUUUGCAAAGUAAAGAUAGUGGGGAUAACGAGGGAUCUUCCUCGGAGGAGAUUGAUUUCUUUGAGUCCAUGACAUUGACAUUGCCAGAGAUGAAAGAAGAGGACUACAUGCCCAAGCCUUUGGUUCCUGAGAAUUUGAAAUUGGAAGAAACAGCAGCAACAUUGGUGACAAAUCGUCCUCGGAAGGGCCAUGCAAGGAGGGGGAGGCAGCGGAGGGACUUUCAGAGGGACAUCCUUCCAGGGCUUGCUUCUCUAUCGAGGCAUGAGGUAACUGAAGAUCUUCAGACAUUUGGAGGACUUAUGAGAGCAACAGGUCAUUCAUGGAAUGGAGGGUUGACAAGAAGGAAUACGAGGAAUGGAUGUACGAGGGGCAGACGGAGAUCAGUAAAUAUUGCAUCUCAUCCGGUGGCAGGCAACAGUGGUUGCACUCCAUUGGUGCAGCAGCUUAAUAAUAUUGAAGUGGGGUUGGAGGAUCGGAGCCUUACAGGGUGGGGGAAAACAACAAGGCGACCACGCCGGCAAAGAUGUCCAGCAGGUAAUCCUCCAUCAGUAGCUUUAACCUAAUGAUGGGAAGAGAGAAUUAAAAUAUUAAUUUAGAAAUUUAUAGAGGGGAAGAAUGGAGUUGUUUGGGAAUGUUGGGGAACCGUGGGGAUUGUGUGUACAUUUGAUGAACCCAGCCCCCUCCCCCCAUGUUUGUCAGAACUUGGUAUUAUUCAUAUAAAUAAUGUUGCAUGAUUUGUUCUGGGAAUGGAUCAGAGGGUGCAUAUUCCUGGGAUUGAACUAACUUGUUAUGGAGGCAAGAGAUGAGAUGAGAUGAGAUGAGAUGAGAUUUCUCCAUACAAUGAAAUGGAAUGGAAGUUAAUUUUAUUGA